AACACCUUCCUAAUCACCCUUCUAUUCUACCAGCAUUUCCCUUUUAACAAACUCUGUACAACACUCCUCUAGGUUACUAAAUAUAGUAAGUAAUGGCAUCAACAACUUCAAUGGUGGUAACCACUUUGAUGCCGAACCCUCAGACUCGGCCGAUGAUGAUGGCAUUGCCAAUUAACAUCGGCCAGGCCAUGUUCGGGCUCAAGUCCAGGGCUCGAGGAGGAAAAGCAACUGCCUAUAAGGUGACAUUAAUUACACCAUCGGGCAAGAAAACAUUUGAUUGUAAGAAUGAUUAUAUAUUGGACGUUGCUGAGGAAAAAGGCAUGGAUUUGCCUUACACGUGCAGGGCAGGUGCAUGUUCGUCAUGUGUGGGUAAAAUUGUAAGUGGAAGUGUGGACCAAUCAGACCAGAGUUUCUUGGACGAUGAGCAGGUAGCGGAAGGGUUUGUGCUUACUUGUAUAGCUAUUCCUACUAGUGAUGUUACUAUUAAGACUCAUGCGGAAAAUGAGCUUGAUUUUUAAUUUCAAAUUUAAUGUUUAAUCUCUUUUUGUUUGAAGUAUUUUUAGAUUUGAGAUAAUUUCAAAUUGAAUUUGCUUUUGUUUGUUUGAAAUAAUAAGAUUCAAACUCAGAUCGAA